AUGCACACCAACCCGUCUCCUACCAUCUCAGCUGCUACAACCAAUGCAUCGAUUGGCACUCUCGAGCCUUCCCCCACCGAUAACGUACCAUUUAACACCCCUUCGGCCUUCCGUUCAACAACUCUCGAUCCCGCCCCUACGGCAUCAUCACCAGCCUCAACACCGACCGCAGCACCCGUGGAUCAACUAGAAACCGGCGUCAAGAUCGGCAUUGGCGUCCUGGCUGGCUUCCUUGGUUUAAUAUUGAUCGCCGUCCUUGUGGAAGCAUGCUAUUUGCGCCGGAGGCGCAGGGAGAAAGCUUUGCAGCGAGCGGUGCAAGAAGUAGAAAGCGGGGAGAGGGCGGAGAUGGCAUUGGCGAACCUAAAGGGCAGCGAGGAGAUUGUCGUGCUGGAAAGCCGGACUGCGAUUGUUUACGACCAGAAACACGCUUUCGCGACCCCGCGUCAGCCUCGCACCGCCGAAGAAGUGGCCGAGCAGGUGGUCCAAGCAUUGAUCCACGCAGACAAAGGCGGUGCACACCUCAAGCGCGCUCUCGACGACAUCGUUGGCGGGUACGGCUGGACCGAGAAAGUCGCGGAGUGGGCGCUAGCGAAGCUAGAACAAGCCCUCGGCGAGGCGGAGAAGCUCCAAGGCCCGCUCAAAGAAGCAUACAUCAAGGCCUGUGACGCUGCAGUCGCGGUCGAAGGGUUCGUCAAGGAGCACCCGGUGUUCGUGACCGUGAUUGCUGUGGGUGUUCUCGUCACCAUCGCGCCGUGGGUGCUUGAAGUCCUGGGUUUCGCCGAGCUCGGACCCGUUGAAGAUGCAUGGACUCGUCAAGAAUAUUUGGGAAGUCAGCUGAAGAAGACCUUGGCAUCUAUGUUCGACAAUUGCAUGAUCUUCAACUUUACUGCAGAUGUAGUCAAUGCGAUGCAAAGCUUUACAUGGACUACUGCAGCACUACAAUUCCAAUUAAACUCUUUCCCGAUUGCACUACGUACCAAGCUGCACCAAACGGAGUCACUGACCCAUCACACAGUAAAAGUCGACUCUGCCUACUACUACUAUGGUACAUCCCUCCUUGCCGCCCAAAUCACCACCGUGACCUCGCUUUCCACCUCUUUCGCUCAAUGCCCCGUCUUCUUCGGCCGACGCGAUACUUCCGGCGUUCUAGGCUUCAUCGUUCCUUCCAAUUCCUCCCUCUCCAUUUUCAGUACGCCCGAGGAAAUCGCACAAGGCGCAGAUCCCAUCUUGACGACGUCCUUUGCUUCAACGCCAUGGACAAUCAGCGACAUCCACUUCACAGCCAGUGACGCCGUGUUCGCUCACUUGCAACCGCAAGGCAUCGAUACAGAGACUAGUACGAAUAUCAAAUUCUCUUCCCUCCAGCACCUCCAAAACUUCCUCGAGGUCACCUCCCAGCACCAGGACGACCUCUCCGAUGGGAUAAAACGCACCAUUUUCACAUCAACACGCAGCACGACCAACACCGCAACCCUGACCACCCUCUCUCCAAAAGGUCAAGUCAAGACUCUCGCCACAGACCGCCGCUUCGCCCGCGCCGCGGGCCGCGAUCCCGAUCACAGUACUAGUAUACCGCAGCCCGUCCCAUUCCUUGGAGAAACCGCCAUCACGAAGAUCGCAGCGGGGGGCCUGUAUACAGCUGCGCUCGCCGACGACGGGGAGUUGUAUCUAUGGGGCCAGGCGGCAGCGGGUUCGCCGGGGGAGUUGCACUGUUUGGCAAAGGAAGGCGAGGACGACGAUGAGUAUGUGCGGACUGUGGAUGCCGGAAAGGACGUAAGGGUUGUUGAUGUUGCGGUUGGGGCUGCGUAUGUGCUUGUUGCUGUAGAAAGCGAGGGAAAGCGGGAGGUGUGGGGUGCGGGGGACAAUCAGUAUGGUGCGUUGGGGUUGGGCGCGGCCAUGGAUGGGAGGGAGUUUGUCGAGGUUUUCGUGCCGGUGAAGGCGCUGGAGGGUAAGCGGGUCAAGCAAAUGGUCUGCGCGGGGAUGUCAAGCUUCGUGGUGGUAGAUGCUGACAACUAA